AUGAUGGAAGAGAGGAAAAAGAAACUAUUCAUCCUUAUCUUCACCACGAACAGUAAGAAAAAUUUACUGCUGGUAGGAAUCGGCUUGAAGAAUGGCAUUUUGGUUACAGAGCUCAUUAUGGUACAAUAAAAGGCUAUUCUCCAAGCCAAUUCUUUUCAUCAGCAAAUUUUUCUUGCUGUUUAUAUUGAGACUAAGGCUGCACACCUGAUAUAAGAAUUUUUGUGGAGAAAAUUAAUACUGCUAGGAUAAUAAUUCCAAAGAUAGACCAAGAGAUUAAAGAUUUCGUAUCUCUAUUUGAUUUGUCUGAAGAUGAAGAGAAAAUUGAUAAAAUUCGAUGUGAAAUUAUAGACGAAUACAAACUCCUUCGUGCAUCUACCAAACAAUUCAAAGAAACUUUUGAGAUUUUAUUGCAAGUUGACACUGACACUGAAUUCAAUGAUAUUUAUUCAAACUAUACCAAAGAAUUCACUAGUCUCGCUCAAAAUUACAAGAGUUUUAUGAAGCAGUCUGUAGUUGGCUCGAGAACUCUAUCUAUUUGCUUUAAAACAGCUGACGGGCUUGGUCUACAAAUUUAUGACUUGCAAACCCAAAAAUCCCAAUGCCUGCCUUCAGAGAGCUUCCUGCUUGGAGCUUGUAUUGUUUCUCUUCCAAAUUCUCAGCUAUUUAUUUACUCCUCUGGAAAUCCAAAUUAUUGUGUAGGGAUUCCUUGCAUCCUGGAUCUCCAUUUAAAAACUAAAAUAGAGGUGCCCAAAGUUUUAGACAUACAGUAUCCAGGAGGGGCUUAUUAUAGGAACUCUGUCUAUCUUUUUGGUGGAGCCACCAAUCAUCAAAUUUUUGAUGAAGCAUGAAGAUUCGACUUAGAAAAAAAAAUCUGAUUUUAUGUUCGCAUAAUAAUAAAGUGGCUUCAUGAUGAGAAGAAUUCGCUCCGUAAAUUUUCUUUCACUUACCCACUUUUAUUAUUAAGGAUUAAACUUUUGCAUGUGCACUCCUGCCUGAUAGGGAAGAAAUAGCUAACAAUUUUUUUACUUCGCAUCCUAUAGGCAUCGUGCUUACCUCUUUUCAUUGCUAGAUAAAGGUAGGACUUGAGGUCGAACAGGCAGUGGAAAGUCGUAUAAAGUGAGGCAACGUUCUAAGUCGCUAGUAUUCCCAAGACUUCUUGGCUCUAAAAAUAACAGGCCAUAUCUAAAAUCAGGGUAAGCACCUAGGAAAAAUAAAACCUUGUGGUCUUGAGAGUCUAUAAGUGAUCUAAAUUGUAAUAUAAGUCUAAGAUUUCAUGUUCCCAGUCUUCCAGAUCCCAGCACAAUGUGUGCCUGCACAGUUUUUAAAGAUUCAAUACUGAUUUGUGGGGUAGGACAUAGGCAAAUAAAGUUUUUAAAUCAAUCAUGCUUAAAAUUAGCAGCAUUUAUACAUUAUCAUAUAUUUAUAUAAUAAAGUAUAUAUAAAUAUGAUGUAAAAAUACAAAGUUAUUCAAAAAUAGAUGCUGUGAAAGUUGAAACAUUUACACCUAGGGUGCUAUUCAAAGCAGGCUCAAGGGUCUACUUUUUGGAAAGAGGAGGAAUUUUUGAAAGCGAGCUUGAAAAUGAAUAUGCUUAUACUCGCAUUAGAAAUAAUGAGCUUGAAUGAGGCUCAGUUUCACAAGUGAAAUUUUAUGAUGGAAACAUUUGGUUUAUUACAGGAGGAAAUAAGAAUUUCAAGGUCUUUAAAUUUGAUUUGGCGACAAAACAUCUUGAAAACAUAUUAUAA